UGUAUGUGAGAGAGAGACAGAGAGAGAGAGAGACAAAGAGAGAGAAACAAACAGCACAAACAAAAAUUAAGAAAACAUAACUCUUUGAUCACUGCCUCCAAUUUUUCGAACACGAAACUUGAGUUCCGUGGCCACAAGGCCUCAGAAAUCUAUACAGACAAACAAUUUACAGAAACCGUCGUGAUCGAAAGAUCGAUUACCAAUCAGGUGCAAUGCACAGGUGGGACACGUCCUGUCACGAAGGAUUUCAAGUCCCAGGUAGACAACUUAAUUGCAUGUAAAGCUUGUCAGGGUUAGGGCUAGGGUUAGCAUGUCAUCCUGUCUGUACUCAGGGUGCUUUACAUGUUAAAAAAAAACCCACACGACCUUUCCCGCCACCCUACCCCACAGAUCGUUGUUCAAAAUGUAUACCAUGGGAUUUAUAGCCAGGGUUAGUAAGUUGUCGAGAGUGGCGGCAGGAAGGAGGAAGAACCAGGUAUGUCAUUCAAAAGUUCAGCUGACAAUGAAUUACCUUCAAGCGUUCUGGACUAUUCUGACCUCACACGCUAUUCUGACAUUUUAGCAACUCACCCUCGAAUAUGACAAUUUUUUUUUAAACAUAGUAGACCUGAAACUAACCUCCUUUCAGAGAAACUGACACGAACCGCUCGUUCAGUGGUUGUAGGAGCGAAACCCUCGACGGCACUGCUAUCGGGGGGAACCUGGCUCGUGCUGCAGCGCUCUUCUCGUUCUCUUCGCCAUUCUCUCUGCUCUCGCUCGCUGCCUCAAACACUGCCGAGCGUUUGACGCGAGAGCUCUUCACUCGUCGAGUCAGUUUCAGGCGCGGCGCUGAAAUCGACGGCAAAGGGAAGUGAAAGAGACAAGCUAGUUUGUGCAGCGCGUCAGUUGCGUUACGCUCGCAGCAGCGCAGGCCGGGGGCGCACGAGAGAUUCAGCGAGACUUCACCGGCGCCCAGCGCCAGGCCGUUAGUGUCAGCAGCAUGCAACUGUGACAGACAGGCGCCGAGUGCCACGACACACCGCCAGGAACUUACUUGACAAAUCGGGAAAAUAUUCUCUCAGACCAACUGGACUGUCCACGUGUCACACUUUGCUUCAUCAUAAAAAAAAUUCUUGGAAGAUUUCUUAUUUAUCUGCUAUGACUUUCUACGUAAGUUUUUGACUGGGCUGUACGAUAUUUAAAUAUAUAUACACACAGAAGGAAAAGUUUCAAAAGUGGAUUUUGUUUUCUGUGAAUUAAGCUGUUUUAAGGAGGUUCAGGAUAUAUAAUGAUUGUCAAGGCUGAGUGAUCAGUGAUAAAGAGUUAACAGAAAUAAAUAACCAUUAAAAAAAAAACUGUGGAGGGCUUACGAUUUCGUAAUAUGACCAUCUGCCCCUGUUGACUGACUUGUCCUCCGUCACCAUCGACCACGUGCAGCGGGGGGUCGCUCAGCUUGUUGGUCCACACUCAGCCAGUGAGAAAAGUGAUGAACGUCUAGACACAAGACACAAAAAAUGUGAUUAAAAAAAUUUGUAAACCUUUUCUACCCCAUCUCUACCUCUACCAAAGAAGAGCGCUUGAUUUCAGCUCAAGCACGUCAGUGGAAAUGUUCAGCGCGCACUUGUGAACUUUUUUCCCGGACAAAAUAAAAGAAAGAAAAAUUCUUGGAGGUGCUGAGGCGUGGAGGCGAGGCCGUGGCACAGGAGCCAUGGCGUGACUGAAGUUUACACAGGGUGUAUCGCUGCACGGUGAGGGUGGCAAGGUGCUUUUCCGCUCUGACGCCCACUGUUGACGCCCAAGGUGCUGACGCCCAUGCUGAGGGUCGAGGAAGAGGUGAUUUGCGACGACUGCAACCCUCGCUCGACAUGAGCACCGAAGCCACUCGCCGACAGUCGGGCCACGAGUCGUAAGAUUAGUUGGCCAGUCUGUCUUCGUGUUCACAAUGGAGCAUAACAGAUCACCCAGAGUGUUCACUUCAACCAACAAAAGACGACAAAGUUUAUUCAAGGAUUAAGUGAAGGCUCACCCUGUCGGUGAUGUACUCAUUGAAACGAUCUGCGCAUGCGCUUUCGUGCGUGAAUUUCUGAUUGGUCUUGUCCACCGAUCCCUGGGUGGCCUUGGAGUACGGGUGUGUAUUGAGACUGAGCACAGACCUGCAGAGACGACAAAGACUUCUACCCGCCAUGAGCUUCAGCGUGGAGUACCCGUGUUGAAAGGGGUGGAGCAUCGCUUACCAUGGAUAUUCCCUCCGGCAUUUUGUGGUUCUACAGCUGCGUGAGCAUCGUGACGUUGCUGCUCGCAGUGAGUCGAGCUCAGAACGAGGCUGAGCCUCCACAACCGCGGUUCCUCAACACUCCGCAGAACUUCACCUUCCACGAGGGCGAGCUGGCACGACUGGAGUGCUCCUUGGAAAACCUGGGCACAAAAAAGGUGAUCUGGCGGAAGUCGUCGGACCCCAAUCCUUUGACCAUCGGCCGCAAGACGUUUGUUGACGACACGCGGGUGAUGGUGGAGCACAUACCUCUGACCCCGGACUGGCCGCUGUUGAUAAAACAGGUGAGGCUGGACGACGAGGGACAGUACGAGUGUCAGGUGGCCUCAAGGGACAGAGAGCUGAGACGAUACGUCAACCUCAUCGUAUUGCCUGGAAUAAAAAGAAAAAGGGUUAGACCAGGGAAUUCGAAAGUCCUACCACAUGACACGGGAGAAAUUCGUAUUACGGGUCACACGUAUGUGGAGAAGAGUGGUUCCAUCCGACUGAUAUGCAACGCGACAGGGGAGGACCACUCUCCAGACGACAUCGACUGGUUUCUCAAUGGUCAGAAACUGAUAACAGACGAUGCCAACGAGGUGUACAUCCACAAGCGGGUGUCGCUGACAGACAAGACCAUCUACAGCAGCCUGGAGAUCAAAAGCGCCGACAUGAGUGACGCGGGUAUCUACGUGUGCAGGACGUCAGACCUGCAGAUCGCCAGCGCGCGCGUUGACGUUCUAAACGGUACGCGGAUAUCUGAUACAAACAAUGUCAAAAGAGAUGGAGCAGAUCCGGAUCACAGAUAUGCUAAAGAUUCAAAUCGAAAGGGGAAGUACGACUCACGGGUGACCGCAGGAAACUUUGCUUCAAGCUUGUCGCCAAAAGGAACAAUUCUCAGUUGGAUGGUUUCAUUUCUGUCUGUGCUUCUGUGGCGGCAUUUGCAGAUUUCAGGGAGCAUAAUGCAGUCAGUAACUUGAGCAUGCCACGUGACUAGUAUCAAACUUGUGCAAACACUGUUCUGACAGAUGUCCACCCCGCAGUGGAAAACUUUUCCAGGGAUACUUGCGAAUGCACAGAAAAAAUCCCCAAACGAUGAACUAUUUUUUGAAACCGCAGUAUUUCUUGUUACACAUGCGGGUGGCAUUGGUCGUGGAGGAGGCUGUUGUGAGAAAACUGGUUGUACAUUUUGUAUUUGUUUGUAUAUAUGAGUAUAAUGCAUUAUAAGCUAUGUCAUUUUGUUAUAUAUAUUGUACACACGUUGACCUCAGUUUUGAAGACAAUGGAAGUGUUCUCGAUAUCAUCGUUGUCUUCAAUGUUUCUGUUUUUGUUACACGGCAUCGAAACCUAGCUUUUAUCUGGCCUCUCUGCUGUUGUCUGUGAUUGCAAGAAGUGUCUUUUGGCAUCGAGGACUUAGAAAAUACCUUCUAUGCGAUAUGAAGCACUUUGCAAAUGAAGAUAGAAUGUUCUCUUGCCUACCGACACUUGCCCUGGAACCGUUCACAUUUGGGAGUUUCUUUCUUUUUUUUUUUUGGUGCUGCCUUCUGUUGUUCCUUUGUUUAAAUGCCAAAGAGUUCUUGGCGGGGAAGAGAAGCGCUUUCUUAAGUGUGACUGUCUGUUUAGCGUGAUGCCUUGAAGGUUUGCCCAGGUCUUCAGGAAGAUGACAUACAUGUGAUUGCUGCGGGGAGCCUCGACAAAACCGUAAUUGAAAGUGACUGUUAGAUAUACAUACGCCUUCAGACCGAAAAAACCAAAAGGAAUUUACUCAGCUUAAUUCCCAGGAGCUGGAGCUGUGUAAAGACCACGAGUACCCGUAUGUUUGCUGUUCGAAGAGGACAGUAGACCUUCGUAUCCCUGUGAUGACAUAUUGUGUGAAAUCUUGCUUCAACACAGUUACACGGUUCACCGAGUCGGUCUGGCGGAUAUCGACUUGGUAUGUCAUACCAAUCCUUAGUUCACAGCUGAGAGGAUACUGUGUCAUGAACCCCAGAGUUCAAGAACAUAGCCCUAUGUGUGACAUCAUGACACAAAAACGACUAAUUGUGUCAGCUGACUUAUUAUGCAAAAUAAGUCGACAAUGUACCUCUGAUAAAAAAAUGUGCAUAUGAAAAUUAGACUUAGGACCUCGUCUUCAUCCUGAUUAUAAUAAAAGCAGAACUUUGUGAGUAUACUGUGAGUGAGAGUCAACACGUGACAACUGAGAAAUUACGUCAUGUCCGGUUUCAAGCUAGUAAAGUCCGUUACUGAGGACCACCGACCUGGAUACACAAUACUAUGUCGUUGUCUACUUUACCAAACUGUUGCCUGCAAAGAGUGAAGUAUGAAAAAUAAGAAGUGUUUUCAGAUUAUUUUGUGGUUCACUUCAGUACCUUCUUCUUGCAUUUCAUUUUUAGAUAAAGAACCACGAAUAUUGGCAAGCUUCCGGACGAAAUAUUUUAGAAAUAAUAAAAUCUUACAGAAAAUCCUUCAAAACUCACAUAGAUUUUUAAAGUUAAAUAACAGAUUUUAAUUUAAAUAAGUGCUAAUGUAAAAGAAAAUGAUAGCUGUUUCCUAAACCAACUUGGAAAGAUGAAAUUAAAAGCAUGCGUGUGCAUCCAGUGAAGGUGAAGACCCACAAAGUGAAGGAAGGGUCAAAGAAGAACGAUGUUAAAUAAAAAUUGCUCAUGUCACGGAGUUUGCAGAGUCUGCUCACCUGUUUUAGUCGUUCUUAUGUUUUUAUGUCUAUCAUAAAACUUAUUUUCGGCAAAAUCUUGCAGGUAGUUUGUUACACGUGCAAUUUGAGAAAAGUUGAAAGCACCACUGUGUGCGUGUGUGCGCGCGUGUGUGUGUGUGUGUGUGUGUAGGGGUGUGUGUGCGUGUGUGUCGUUGUGAACGCCUAUAUCGAACAUGGUUUACAAGUUUGAUUAAAGAGAAAAUCAACCAAAUGGUCAAGACUGGCUGGAGUGAAGUCUAAAGGGUCAGUUCUUUUUCACCCUAGAGAGCUCUCCAAACACGGAGGUGGCAAAAAUCGUGCACUAUCACUGUUUGGCGGAUGAAAUUACAGGUAGAAAACCAGGUUUGCACGGCACUUCAUAUUCUACAAUAUCCCACACUACGGUAUUUGCGCAGACUGAUGAACUUUAAAGGUUUAGUGGGAUGUAAAUUUUAGUUAGCGACUGAGUAGAGCUCAGUGCAAUAUAUUAUUUCCAAAAUUUCCCCCUCCCUUUUGUUCUCCACAUACACAACUACAAUCAUCAACAAGCACAUGAGGUCAAACUCGUGACCUCACAGACACGCGUAAUUUCCAUAAUUUUCCUGUCCUGCCAUUGGCUGAAGCCUUCACAACUUAAUCGUAUCUAUACACAGUCCAGAACUCAGUGUUGCUGACAUUGUUUGGUGAAUGUGAUAUUAACAGGUAUACAUGAAGAGAGGAAAACAUACCUGAGUAGAAGGGUGGCAUUUACCGAGAUUAUGGAAUCUUUGCACUGAGCUUUACCAUCUCAUCAGAAAAAAUAAAUUGCGACCUUUGAGAACUUUAA